AUAUUUUACAACAGAAAAAUAGUUAUAUAUUUGCUUAUAUAACUUAUUCAUCAUCCAAAAGCCAACCUGAAAGGCAAACUGGACCGGCAAAGCUUGUGACAUUUACCGAACUGACCUACGGAUUACCGGCACCGGCACGAGUAUGGCCUUAUCAGAAUCAAGCGACAGCUUUUGCAAAACAAGAAACGAGGAGCUGGAACUUCUCGGGGCGAACUAUUACAAACUACCGUUUUGCGACGAGGACAUGAAACACUUUGAAAGUAUGGAAAGCAGUGAUGACUGGGUUAACGGAAUGCUUGAAGAUCGUUUCAUGAAUGGAACAAACGAACUCCUCACUCCUUCAUCCCCCUCCUCCUCAUCUGGAGCACUUUCUCCCUCAUCCAAUUCCUCUGCUUCGUCUUCUGGUAACGGAACGAUCGAACACGCCUACUCUCUCAUCAACGACCGACCUGACACUCCCCUUACUGCUGUCAAAUUUGAGGACUUUUCCAGCGAUUAUCCUAUCGGUGAUUUAGAAGCUCAUAUCAAAGAAGAAUACAUGCGACCGUUCGAUUUUGAGGAUGACUUUUCUCUCCAGCCACCUACCGAAGCUGACUUCGAUGACGAAGGCUUUAUUUUUGACACCACGAAUGAUUUCACCGCCCAUAACUGUACUCAAAUCGAACAAGUUCCUGCUAGCACCAGUAUGUCCAUUUCUACUCCACACCAUACUAUGGAUAAAAGUCUGGCAUCCACAAUAGAGUCUUUGGGAAACAACGUCAUCACGAUUAGUAAAAUGGGAAACACCGUUCAUGUCAAGAAAGAAAACAACGAUAUCGCCCUCGACUACAGCGCUUGCAGAUCUCAGCAGGACUCCGCUCAGCCCAAGACAAUCUUCGCCCCGAUUUCCAACUGUUCCAACAACGAAAAUGUAACAACCACUAGACCAACGGCGCGGACAAUCAACAUAAAUGCAAACGGACGAACGGACAACCAUACCAAAGCCACCACCACUCCGUCAUUUUACGUUGCCGACAUGACCGACGCGCAGGAUUUGAUAUCACAGCCAACAGCAAAAGUUACGACGAAUUCUCUCACGCAUAGAACGCAAAUUCAAAUCCCAACGUCGACUCUUCAGACGAUAUUGAAAAGCGGAAGAUUGAUUACGAAAUUGCAACAAGAAGGACAGUUCUUGCCGAGAAUCAAAAUAAAAACUGAACCGUGUGAUGGAGAACAACAAUAUGUCAGAAUAUGUAAUCCACAGAUCGAGCUUCCUCCCACCCCUCCUAGUAGCAAUACCAGUGAUAACGAAGGAUCGUCCAGUCCUCGACGUGGUGGUAUAACAACCAACAGUAACACACUGGGUUCCGAUAUGUCUGUUCGUCUUAGUAGUUCCAAUCUGCAAUUCAUGUCUUCAGGAAAUCAAUUGACGGCACAGUUACUAUCCAGCCCCCAGAGAUUGGCUCAAUCGCAUGGACAUGUACAUCUAACUGAAGAAGAAAAGAAGACUCUGGUUUCGGAAGGAUAUCCUGUUCCUGAAAAAUUACCAUUGACGAAAACAGAAGAGAAGGCUUUGAAAAAAAUUCGACGAAAAAUCAAGAACAAAAUUUCUGCUCAGGAAAGUCGACGGAAGAAAAAGGAAUAUGUAGAAGCCCUUGAACGACGAAUGGAAUCAUUUAACCAAGAGAAUGGUGACUUGAGAAGAAAGCUAGAUUCGUUGGAAGAUAGUAACCAGAGUCUUCUUGGCCAACUGCGUUCAUUACAAAUGCUGGUUGCAGAAAAGAUGCCCAAACCAUCGCGCACUAUAACAACACAAACCAGUAGUUGUCUCAUGGUUGUCGUAUUAUGCUUUGCUGUGUUUCUCGGUGGAUGGCUACCGUUUCUCUCGCCGUUCAUGGCCAAAAACUCGAUGUCCCCUUACAACCAUGCGCACGAAAUGGAAAUGUCAAGAAGCUGGCGAUCAAGAGUCCUGCUUUCCUACGCUGGCGAUGCCUCCAACUCUUACGGUUACUGCGAUGUCAAUGGCUGCUAUGGAAAUCCAGAAGAUGAAGACAUUGCAUUGAAAGCUAUAAUGAAUGGACCAUACCAAGAAGAUAAUGGACACGAAGUUCAAGAAGGCAGUGAAACAUACGACGAACCUGCUUCUGGCAGAGUGGUAAUGAAUGAUACCAAGGACCAAAUCGGACAAGUGAUCGCCAACACCAUGGAACCACGAGAUGUCGCCGCUGUGCUGGCCAGUCGCAAGGUUGUUGCUACACCAGGGCGAAAAGUUCAGAUGGCGGCUGCUGAUGUUAUGGGAGCUGACAGCAAGAAGUUUGUUGCGCCUUCAGCGAUGGUUACAGAAUAGUACUGCACCUUGUAAUUGUCCCUAAAAAGGACCCCCUGGUUAAUCCAUUAUAUCCUUAGAACUACAACGCUUACUUAUUUAGUGCCAAAUAUUGUUGAAUCGACCGGUUUUCUACCGUGUAUUUUUCAUUAUUGGUAUGUCUGAUCAAGUUACCGAUAUCACUCAAAUAUACGUACAAAUGUGAUACGGUUGUACCGCAUCCACCUUCGAUUGAAGUGUCUUUCGCGACGUCUUGUUUCCAACUGAAAGUGUCAAAAAUCUUCAUCCUUCCAUAUUUUCAACCAAUCAAAUACGACGAUUUGACCGUACGAUGAACGACAUGAUUAUAUGAAUUUCCACUACGAAUUUACACGAAAUGAACUUAAACAAAUUUACAAAAAAGGUUUAAAUUGUUGACCAAAUUACCAAAAAGAUCAUAUUCAAUAACCUAGUCGUAAUUAUAAUGUUUUUUUUUCGAUUCAUGUAUUCACAUAAAUCGGAAAAAUUUUUCUUACAUUUCGACUGGGUUAUUAUUUUCUAUUUAACUGUAACUUAUUUUAUUUCCUAUUUUUCCUUUUGAGUCAUUAUUUUUUUGUUUUGCCCAGAAUAUUUACUUUAACAAAUUUACGUUAAAUAUAGAAAUGCUAACAACUAUAUCUUAGAUUUUUGUUUUUGUGUUUAUUGAUAGUUCAUUUUGUCAAGAAAUGGUAUUUUUUUCUAACCAAUGCUAACUAUUGUAGUUAAAUUUGGUCCAAUAUCAUGGGUGAUUAUUUUUUUUAAGUGCCUUAUAUUGAAUAAAUAUACAAAAAAAUCCACACAAAUAUUGCUUCGAGUUCUAAAUGUGGUGUUGUAUGUAUGUGCUGUAUGUCUUUGUGUUUUUAUCGUUUUUAUUAUUGAUGAAUUGAUAAUGAUUCGCAAUGCUAAUAAGUAACCUAAAAUAAUUGUUGGGAAGACGAAAGCCUGCCGUUGUGAUAAUUUCGUCCAUUUCCAAACCAAUCGUUUUGAAUCUUACAUCGCCAAGCAUGAGCUGUAUUUAGCCAUACGUGUAUAAUUAUUGUAUUACUGUGUCAACUAAAAUCGAAUUUGCCAUGUAUUAUUGACUAUAUGAUUGGUGAUUCAAGAGUCCUGUAUGGAGCCGCUAGAUGGCGUUCUCUUUCUAUGUUUUGUGAUCCCGAUAUACCAAUUCCAGUCUCUAAUUAUAAAUAUCAUGGGUUGAAAAUUUUUAAUUUCUAUCAAUCAAGUAGUAAAAACGAACACUUUCAUAUGAAUCAUGCUUUUUUGCUUUAUGUAGUUUGUUAUUCUUAUCCAUGUACCGACAUUGUAAAAGUCUGGGGUUGUGCAAUGCCAUCCGUGUUACCAAGCUUUGCAUUUAAGCGAAUGCUGUUUGUCAGUACGCGGUAGCGUUUGUACAUAAAUUGGGUUACAAAAUAGUUCUUUUUAUUAUUAUAUUUGAAGUACAUUGGGUACUUGGUGACUUAUGUUUACAUUUGUUGCAUUUACCUUAAUUUAGACGUAGAAAAGGUUCGGCCCUCCCAGCUUUGGUGGGUCUUUAUGUCCAUGUCGUUGAUGACAAAUUGUCCUUUAAAGGGUACUAAUACUGUAUAUUCAAAUACGCUGUUACUUUUUUGGCUUUUCAUUGAAAAUGGUGCCUUAUGUUUUUUUUUUGUUUUCGUCAUUCCUUUUACAUGUUAUUAAAAUUAUCUACAUGCCAACGUCGCAUAAUACUAUUUUGUAUUGUAUGAUGCAAAAUACGUGGAAACGAUCUUGAAAUGCACCUGUGUUUAAGCGUUUGCGAAUACACUCUGCAUUCCUUUCUUCUAGUUACAUAGAAAACAAACCAGUUCCCGAAUUGGGUCUGUACGCUUGAAUGAUACUAACUUCUGAGCUGAAUAAUAAUGAGUUUUUUCUUGUA